AUUGCGGUCACUGACUCACGCUCCCUAUUUCGUCUCUAUUUGUUUUUAUUUUUCAGUGUUUUCUAUUGUUAUUCAAGUGUACAGUGUUUUUAGUGAUAAAUAAUUAAAUUAUGGACAUAUUUUUACAGUGAUUUUUAAUAGUUUUGAAGUAGGAAGUGAAACACCUGUGUUUGUGUGUUUGUUUCUUCACAUCAUUGUUUUUUGAGCAUAAGGAGUUAUUAUGGCCGAGAAGAAAAUCCAAGAAAACCCUAUACCAGAGGAACAGGCAGAGCAACCAUCAAACCUAAGCAUGCCAGAGAAGCCAUUGGAUAAAACAGCAGCACAAGUAGAUAAAACAGCAGCACAACCGGAUAAAGCAGCACCGCUGCCUGUUCCGGUCACACCAACCCCACAGAUCUCAGUGCCGUCAUUUACGAAGACCCCCCCAAAUGAUCUCUACAGAAGAUUAUUGCCCGCAGUGUUGUUUCUGCUCACAUUUGUCACUGUGAUGACCAUGCUGCUGAUCUAUAUGGAUACUGUUGCCCUAGGUGCCCAGCAGUUCCGCCUGAACAUGUCCCGCGACUAUGAGCUGGCUCGCAUCGGGCAGGCCUCCGCCCCGCUGGUGGCGUACGUGCGGCAGCUGCACCUGGCGCCGCGCGGGCCGCACCGCUUGCCGUCCGCGCCCGCGCCCACCGAGAAGAAUGCUGUGCUCGAUCGGCUUUUAGGAGAAGUGUCAAACGGCACGUUCAUCGAGUACCUGCCCCGCGGCGCGCGCUCGCCCACGUCGGCGUACCUGGAGGCGGCCCGCGGCUGGGCGGGCGUCGUGGUGCGCGCCGCCGCGCGCGACUACCUGGCGCUGCGCGGCGCCGCGCGCCCGCUGCACGCCUGCCUCAGCCCCACCGACCACCCCAGGGAGGUGACGUACCAGGAGUCGGACAGCCACUCGUCGGCGUUCAGCUCGCGCGUGCUGUGCCUGCCGCUGUACACCGUGUUGCUGGCGGCGGACGCCACCGAGGCCGACUACGUGCUGCUGGGCGGCGACAGCGUGCUGCCGGCGCUGCGCCAUGUGCCCUUCCAACAGGUGCACUUGCAGGUAUUAGACAUCCGCAUGACAGACGCGGAGGUCCGGAACAAGACGACUGCAUUCUUGCAAUCUCACAAUUAUACUGUUGCCGCAACCUUCCCUGACGGCAUCAUGUAUCACCUCAACGAGUAGCAGUGAGGCUUUGAAAGAUAUCACUUGGUUGGAAGAGUAGGGAUUCAUAUUUUCGAUGUUAAAACAACAUUUAUGCCGAGCUUAGUAAAGUACCCAGGUGGUGAUUAUAGCAGACACCAACAUAAUUUUAAUUUACAUUACAUUACAGCUAAAGAACUCCUGGCGAUUUUAAUGAAAAUUGACAAUUUGUAUUAAUUCCAUGCAGAAACUUUGUAAAUACUAGACCGAUUUUCAUAAUUCAAUAAGUGAAUUUCCGGGUUUGCCGACUAUACCAAUUGGGUUAUUCAAAAGUACCUCUAUCGCAGGAUGAACUAAGUACCUACACCAGCUAGGUGAAGCUUUCUCUUAUUCCAACGUUAAUAAUCGUUGAUCCUCCUCAUUGUUAUUCGUCAGACGACAACUUGCAGCCAAUUUUGUUGCUAAUGCCCUAAAAACUAAGCAUUUUUUCAAGAUUUUUCAACAUCGGCUAUGUGAUAAUAAUCAAAAAGUUGAUUAGCUAUUGCGAAUUUGGCGUUUUGUCUUCUAUGGUAGAUCGGUCUAUACAGUGUUGUCAGGUAAAAAAUACAAUUCCUACUCUUAUAACCGAGUUGUCCAAUGAGUUAGUUAUGACAGAUUUUGAUCGCAGUGUCAAAAUGUGUUUGUCAAAGCUUUAGUUUUCAUAAUACAUCAACUUUUACAUUUUGAUGUGUGACAACGGAAAAAUCUGUCAAAAUUAAUUUAAAAAAAUAUUCCACUUUUUAAGUCAGAAUGUCGCGUCUGUCUACACUUUUUGUCUAUCCAGCACGAUUAUCGAUUCAAUGGUUUUGGCACGUCUUACCAACACAGUUAUUUGGCAUAAGUUAUCAUUUUACGAAGACACAUUAAAUAAGUGCUACUAAGAAAAAAAAUAAAGAAGUCUUUACAAUAUUUUUCUAUAAUAAAAAUAAAAUAAAUAAUAGAAUAACAUUGCUAUUCUCGCAACGAUUUUAUGCGUUUUCGUAAAAUGCAAUUUAAUGUAACAAAAAUAUAUUGGAAAAUUGAAAUCGAUAAAAUCAACUGUGAUGACUUGUAUGUCAAAGUUUAAGAUCUGUGGAGGUAAAUAGGCCACAUCGAAGCAAUACAUCUAAAGAGAGCUAUAUUGCAAGUUGACAUUUGCGCAUAUAAAAGCAAAUGCAGACAAAUAUCAAAUAGCAAUAUUGCUUUUUUAGGUGAACUGCUUCGAUGUGGCCUUUUUAACUCCCCUGUUCCUAUUCAGUCUAAUUGUAUAUGUAUGUAACACAUUAUAUGCGUGAAAAGUUUACAAAAAAAAAAACACGUAAAAUUAAGGGAAAAAAAAUAUAAGCAUCAAACUAUCUAAAUUAAUAAAAUAUUUUGUUAUUA